GGAGAGGAAACCCGGAGACCGAACGAAGGAGCUGUCUGCCGGAAAGAGACUCAGGGUGCCGUGGUUGAUGAUACCCGGAGGUGGAAGGGGAGGAGGAGGGUUGCACGUUUGCCUGAAAAGACAGCUGAUAGCAAGGAGAGAAGACAUUUAAAGCAGGAUGUCAUGCUGUGAUUGGAUCAUGAAUUUCGUGGCCAAUUCUGGUUGGUUUACUGAAGAGUGAAAGUCUCUUACCAGUAGAAAGUUUAGGGAGAGAUAGUGGUGAUUGAAGUCGUUUAGAUGUCUUCCUGAAAGAAAUAGCGCUGAGCUACAUAAGUAACACAGAAGAAAAAGUAUAAACAGACUGUAUAUUUCCUCUAUCUAUUCUGUAAUAAGUGAACUCUGAGCUCAUGUGUUUGUGACUCUUCACCUCUGUCUCCUCUCACAGGGAGAAGAUGAUCUGCAGCAUCCUGCUGCUCAUCAUCCUGACCUCCUGUGUCUCUGGAACAUUUGUAGUGAAUGUGACCCAGACCUCCUAUCAGGCAGAGGAGAACCACCACAUCACACUGGAGUGGACCUUCACAACCAACCCUCACACUUCCUACAACUCUCUUUUUAUCUUCUGUGAACUGAUAACUGAUCUCAGACCCUCAGUCCUGUUUCAUCUCCAUAAAGGAGUUGAGGUCCCAGAGUCUCAGGAUGAACAGUUUGCAGGACGAGUCCAGUGGGACAAAGAUGUCCUCAGAGAAGGACAACUCAGACUUCAUGUGUCCAGACUCAGGACUGAAGACUCAGGACUGUAUGUGUGUGAUGUGAUCUUAAAUUAUAGGAGUAACUCUGGUAAAUGUCGGCUCAAUGUCACUGCAGCGAGGGAUCAGCCAGAACCUGAGACACCCAACACAACAAGUCCACCACAACCAGAGAUUUGGGGAAGGAUCGGUCUCUACUGUGGACUGACAGCAGCUCUGCUGGGUUUUUGUUUCUGUCGUUGUCUGCUGAGAGGACAAGAUUUCUUCUCAAAGUUUAAAGGUGGAUUGAGAAAAAGUUACAGUUCAGCAGGUGGAUCAGUGGACACUUCAAAAAGACAGUUAGAAUUUGAUUUCAUAAGACAGAGACACAGAAAUUACAAAAGUGUUUGUUAGAAGUCUGAAGGACACAAAGAUCAGAUGCUGACAGCAAAUUAACUCUGGGCUCACAGAAUAAACCAACAGGUUCAUACUGAGAGCAUCGGGUUCAGGUUAUUUUAUUGGUACCCGUAGGUAGACUAGGUUUACUAUCUAAGAGGCAGGACAUCCUUAAAACUUUGUAGAGCAUGUUGAGCAGUUCAGCUUUUAAGUUCAAUAAUCAAUCCCUUUAUUGAAUACCCUCCACAAUACGAAGCAGGCUGUAGCUUAUAUGUGCAAUUGUUGAAACCUUUUUCAAUGUAAAGCUCUAUGUGAUCAGUUUUCACAACAAAACAUAUCCAGUAGUUUUUCUAUCCUGUAUUUCAUGUAGUUGACUCCUGCAGGAUGUAAUGAAGGAACACAGGAAGUGAAGGCAUCUUCUUCAUGAAAAUGUUGACCUUCUGCUCAGACUUCAUAUACAGCUUCAACUUUACCACAUAGAGCUUUAACCUUUUCUUUUGUAAUGGUCACUUUAAUGUACUGCUUCUGUAUUAUUAUGGUCUGUUACUUCCUGUCUCUCUGUCAUUGUAAAGCUGUGAGGAGUUAACUCUGGUGAUGAUGAUGAAGAGAAAGAUCUAAAUGCUAAAGAACUAAAUGUUGGUUUUGUCUGAUGUAUGAUUUGAUUCAUUCAAUUUUUUACACACUGAAAUGUUUCUCAUGUAUUUCAAUUCAUCACUUCAACAAAUGAAGACGUUCAACUUAAAGAAUCCUUUGAUAAUUUUAACUAAAUAAAGUUAAUUUAAGUGUUCUUUGUUGACUUUGAUAUCUGAAAAUGUUGAAGCUCUAACAUCAUAUUGAACUUCUGAUGAUUUUUUUAAUUGGAACCACGAAUGGGAGAAACAUCUUUAUUUGUAUAUAUUUCUUAUCUUUUAUAUUGUACUUGUUGUACAUGUCCUUUAUUGCACCGUGGGUCAGAGAAGUGUAUUUUUAAUAGCCCUGAAUGUGUGGCACAUUUUGGAGAAUUGACAAUAAAGUUCACUUGACUUGA